AUGUGGAUCGGUCUUCUGUUCAGCAUGGUCUGCCUUGCCUGUUUGACUACGGAUACGUUCGACGCCGAAGUGGAACAUCUAUCACUUCAGAUUGAGCUCUAUCGAGAAAAGAUUGUCCAAUGCCUAGUGUUAGGCGAAUAUACUAGAUCAGGGCCAUAUGUCCUUCAAACGGUGAUCAACUACGUCUACGUCGAAUUUUGCCUUCGUACAGACGCUGAUCAAGAUACGUGGUAUUUGCUGGCCUUGGAAAUAAAUUUGGCCAUGCAGAUGGGCUACCACCACGAUUCCAGUCAUUUCCCUGGAAUUUCUCCCUUUCAGGGAGAGAUGCGUCGCCAUCUGUGGGCGACGGUCUUGAUGGGGGACACACUCGUGUCGAAUCAAAUGGGCAUGCCACGCAUGAUAUCCGACUCGAAAUGGGAUACAGCCGAACCGCGAAAUUUGAAUGACACGGACUUCGACGAACAGUCAAAAGACCUUCCUCCGUCGCGUCCAUUGACCGAAUACACUAAUUCCCUCGGACUGAUCGCUCGACGACGUAUCUUGGCAGCACUGGGCACAGUGGCCGACCUCACAGACGCGGUUAAGCCAUAUAGUUAUGCAGAUGUGAUGCAUGUCGACGGCAUACUGCAAGAGGCCAUAGUCAGUAUUCCGCCCCUUUUGCAGAUGAAGCCCUUGGCGACGAGUGUGACGGACUCUCCACAGGUCAUCAUGUCGCGAUUAUUCUUGGGUCAUAUGGUCUAUAAAGGCCAGAUUGCUCUUCAUCGCAGGUUUCUAUAUACAAGUCCGACUAAUCCAGACGAUGAUCCAAUGGGCUACUCGCGAAAAGUCUGCUUGGAUGCUUCGCUGGGCAUGCUGAAUAUCCAACACAUGCUUGAUGAGGAAACAUGCCCGGGCGGCCAACUUCAUACCAUGAGGUUCCGCGUGACUUCCAUUAUGAACCAUCAAUUCCUCACCGCUACUAUGGUACUAUGUUCCAUUCUGUAUCGGGGGAAAGCAUUACAGCGCGAGCAAGAAAUUCGGGCAUCCCUUCAAAUCUGCAGGUCCAUUUGGAUGCGAAAGAGUCCCACUUCCAAGGAAGCAACAAAAGCCGCCGAAACAGUUAGUUUCGUCCUCGCAAAAGCCGGCGAUAGUGGCAAGUCCAACCUCGGUUUCAGGCAAGAUGUCUCCCGCGAUUUACAAGGCAAUGAUCAAACGAACACCUUCCUCGAAAAUUCUGCCAAUUUUGCCGGUCAACCCCUGGACGAAGGACUGCUACUACCAGAUUAUAUGAGUUUAUUCGAGCCCGAUCGUUUUCUCGCGACAGGUUCCUUUGGAAUGUGGACUUCGUCCAACCAGCAAGGUCAGCAAUUCGGACCGAACUUCAACGCAUUAGACAGACCAUCUGACGGUGGGACGGCGAUGAAUAUGCCAGGGCAACCAUGGUAA